AUGUCGCCCCUCUUCGCUAUGGCUUUAAAAGCGUCCCCUUCCACCAACAUGCCCGAACGCCUCCACCGAGCAACGGAAAAGCUUCGAACCGUCAUGAGAAUGAAGUCCUGGUCCCCUACCCGUUCGCGCAAGCAGCAGAAGGACGAGUCGGGCCGCUGCUAUCUCAUGGAACUCCCCACGGAGUUAUUACUAGAGAUAGUCUCCCAUUUGACUCUAGUCCCGGAGGCGGCCUUUGCGCUGACCUGUAAGCGCAUGCUUGCAAUUUCCGGCGAAAUCCUCAAAUCAAAAUCCCUCCGCUUCGGUCGAGACUUUGCGCCGCUUUUCCACCACUAUCGGAAUGGUCAUAACUUUGUCACGCCGCGGUGGCAGUUUAUCAAUCUCUUGGAGAAUUCGCGGUGGCGGGUAUGUUCCAAAUGCCUGAAAUUACAUCCCCGGACGGCAUUUUCUACGCGCGAAUUGAGACGCAAAUCGGAUCAUCGAUCGUGCAAUGUGGGCGAGUUAGCUGGGAUCGUGGACUUGUGUCCCUGCAAGAAGAUCACUUUCCGCGAUAAACUGGAUCUGGCGGACCAUCUUCGCAUUCGGAAGAUUUCAGUCAACGCCCUCAGGACACAGUUUGGAGACAAAGUCGGGGAUCGAUAUUGCUGGCAUUCAUGUACAGAGCAGUACGGACCGACAGAGCUCAAAGUGUCUCUCUACCCGGAACUCGACGGUGAAGAUCAGUUGAUUAUGCGGACAGAGUACGAACUCACGACUGUAUCGGGACAAGUCGGUAAAGAAGAGUAUAUGACACCGCGCUUUGGAUGCGCACACCGAUCCGUCGAUCUCUGGCUUUCAAGCGUCUACCAAUCCACUAUCUGCCGCCUCUUCGACUCUUUUUGUACCUCGUGCCGUCGCAUUUCAGUCUGCGGCGCUUGCAACACGACCUUGAAGUGCCCGCGAAAACAGCCAUUCCAUUCUGAAGAGUCCGGUAAAGAUACCUUUUACUUCUGGACACAGCGCAAUCUCGGUGGCUCAAAUCUUAUUCCCGAUGCUGCGUGGGGUUCGCAGCGCAUUCAUCCCGCGGAACCCUCGAUCGGCGUGGAGAACUGCAAUGAGCUGUGUCCUUGGACGGUACGGGAACACCCUCCUUUGGCCUUUUCUCCUAGUAUUGGGGAGGAGGUUAUUGAACCGGCGAUAAACCCGCAACCUUUGAGUUCAUUGUACUCGUCUAUUCGCAUGUUAUAA